AUGCAACUGCAGGAUAUGAGUGAGUUGCUUAACUGUGUGAACACCAUAUUGAAGUCGACUGCACCCCAAUCAGAGGAGACCAUGAUGAAGCUGGUGAUUAUUGCUGUGAUCCUCCUCCUGACUGUGUCUGGGGUCUCUACUUCCUGUGGCCGAGCUGAGUACCUUGUAGGACAGGAGUGCUGCCCCAUGUGUGGCCCGGGUUACUAUGUACGGAGACACUGCACAGAGUUCACCAGCACAACAUGUGUUCCAUGUCCAUCAUUGUCCUUCACUGAUGCACCCAAUGGGCUUGUGUCGUGCAGAUCCUGCGCAGUUUGUGACCAAACUGCAGGUCUAAGAGUGAAGAGGGUGUGCAGCUCCACCUCAGACACACUCUGUCAGCCUCUGGAAAGUCACUACUGCACUGACCCAAUCAAAGAUGGCUGCAGAGGAGCUGUGGAACACACACCGUGCUCACCAGGGCGGUACAUCAAACAACCAGGCACAUCCUCUUCAGAUACUGUGUGUGCUGAAUGUGUAGGUGACUCAUACUCAAAUGGAUCAUUCACAUCCUGCAGACCACACACACAGUGUGAGUUGCUGGGACUUGUUGUUAUAAAAAAGGGAUCAACAUCUUCUGACACUGAAUGUGCUGAAAGAAAAAGCACUGUUGGCAUCGUGGUUGGUGUCCUAGUUGCUGUUAUAGUCCUCAUAUGUGGGGUUCUGGUUGGCCUCUUCAUAUCACAAAGGAAGAAGAGACACAAAUCAUUAACUCAAACAG